AUGAGUCAGCAUGAGAAGAAGAAACCUGUACCGGUUAAGCAAACCGAGGUGAAGAGGACGAGGAGAGAUCGUGGUGAGCUUGAAGCGAUAAUGUUCAAGCUGUUCGAAGGCCAACCGAACUGGACAUUGAAGCAGCUGGUGCAGGAGACGGACCAGCCUGCGCAGUUUUUGAAAGAGAUACUGAACGAGCUGUGUGUGUACAAUAAGAGAGGAUCGAACCAAGGGACGUAUGAGCUUAAACCGGAAUACAAGAAAGCUGCUGAAGAUGAUACAAAUGGGCAGUGA